AUCAUCUUGAGGGAUCUGCAGCGGGAUGGAAGAUGCGUAGGGCUGGACCUCGUGCCAAAGUCAAAGUCAGAUCAUCCGAGCCCCUAUCAGAAUCAUCGCGGAGACGCGGGAUGAUGGACAUACUAAAGCCGAGGAGUGAUCAGCGACAAUGCGCAUGAUCCGUCAGCUCGGUCGCGACGGGUUAGCGCCGCGUGCGGGACCACGGAAUCGUCGGGAACCGUUGAUACCGUCUGCGUGCAUUCGCUGCUCCCUGUCUGCCUUCUGACCCGCUUUCGCAACGUCUUCUAGUAUAUUCCAUCCUGCUCGUCGGUACUGUAUCCCGCCAAUGUCUCUAUGGCCAGAUGGCCGGCCGCACUGGAUUCAGUCAGAUGAAGGCUUGUUCGCGUUCGCAGACCUCUCCACCUCUCAGACCACGAGACAAGACAGCUCGACAUCGCUCAAGACUGACAAGCAUGCUUUUCAAGUCUAUCAUUGUUGCAUCUCUCGCCGCGACAUGCAUCGCUAAGCCGCUCUUCAGACUGCAGCCCCGGCAAAGCGGUGACAUUUUAUCGGAUCUCAACACCAUUGCCAAUGCAGUCACCCCCUUCUGUGACAUCUGUAGCGUUCUCGCUAGCGAGGCCACCAAUUGCGCUAGCUCGGACGGGUCAAGUAUCGAUAUCGAUUGCUUUUGUAAUGCCGAUUAUACGAAUCUCGGUCUAGAUCAAUGCUACACUUGCAUCGAUGUAGACACAUCAGUAUCUGCUAGUGACGUCGACGCAUCCGAUAACGCGGCCACCGAUAUUAAGACGAUUUGCUAUAAUGCGCUUGGUCAUGAUGAGGACGCUCAGACGACUUCUUCUGGCGAUGUCAGCAGCUCGACCAGCAGCACACCAAACAGAGGUGGUAAUCCGACCUCAACCGCUCGGCCGUCUACCUCCUCACUUGCGCAGCAGAAGAGCGGUGCCGGUCAAGUCAGUAUAAGCUGUCUGUCCCUCGCGCUGGCUGGUAUAGUCGGUCUGCUCUGAGUGAAACGGUAUUUCUAUAACAUCCUUCUGCUCAUUCAUCUCGGC